UCAAACCCCCCAAAAAUGCCCCCUCAAAUCCAUUUUUUCCCAAAAAAAAAUCCAAUUUUCCCCCCGAAAAAUCCCAUUUUUUUGCCAAAAAAUCACCAUUUUUUUCCCCAAAAUUUCCCGUUUUUUCCCAAAACCGCCGUUUUUCACCCCAAACCAGGUGCCCAACCACCUGAUCUGGCUGAUCUUUUUUUACUGGUUCUUCCACUCGUGCCUCAACGCCGUGGCCGAGCUGCUGCAGUUCGGGGACCGCGAGUUCUACCGCGACUGGUGGAACUCGGAGUCGGUGACGUACUUCUGGCAGAACUGGAACAUCCCCGUGCACAAGUGGUGCCUCCGGCACUUCUACAAGCCCAUGCUGAGGAGGGGGGGUAGCAAGUGGGCGGCGCAGGCGGCCGUGUUCCUGGCCUCCGCCUUCUUCCACGAGUACCUGGUGAGCGUCCCGCUGAGGAUGUUCCGGCUCUGGGCCUUCAUGGGCAUGGUCGCGCAGAUCCCUUUGGCGUGGCUGGUGUCGCGGUUCCUGCGCGGCCCCUACGGCAACGCGGCCGUGUGGAUGUCGCUGAUCCUGGGCCAGCCCAUGGCCGUGCUCAUGUACGUGCACGACUACUACGUGCUCAACUGCGAGGGAUAACCCGGGACAGACCCGGGACAGACCUGGGACAAACCAGGACAAACACCCAGAGACACCCCUGAGACCCCCAGGGACCCCAAACCCCCCGGGACCCCCAAACCCCUGGGACCCCCCAGAGCUCCGGGGGAUUCUGGAAAUUGAUCAAACCCACCCGGGACAGACCCGGGAUAAACCCGGGAUAAACCAGGACAGACCCCCAGAGACCACCGAGACCCCCCGGGACUGCCCCGAGCCCCCCGGGGGUCCCCAAAUCCCCCCUGGGAACCCCCCCGUGACACUCUGGGACAGCCCUGGCCCACCCGGGACUGACCCGGGACAACCCGGGACAAACCCCCAGAGACCACCAGGACCCCCCAAAUCCCUCCAGGACCCCCAAAUCCUCCAGGACCCCCCCAAAUCCCCCCUGGGGACCCUCAAAUUCCUUUGGGGACCCCCCCAAACCCCCCCGGGGGACCCCCAAACCCCCCAGGACCCCCAAAUUCCCUCCCGAGACCCCCCAAACCUCUCUGGGGACCCCCUAAACCUUUUGGGGACCCCGCUAAUCUCUAUGGGGACCCCCAAACCCCCCCUGGGGGACCCCCAAACCCCUCAGGACCCCCAAAUUCCCUCCCGGGACCCCCCAAAUCCCUCUGGGGACCCCCCUAAACCCCUCAGGACCCCCCCCAAAUCCCUCUGGGGACCCCCCAAACCCCCCUGGGGGAUCCCCGGGACCCCUCCAGGACCCCCAGAUUCCAUCCUGGGACCCCCCCAAAUCCCUGUGGGGACCCCCAAACAUCCCUGGGGACCCCCCCGGACCACCCCAAACCCCCCCGGGAACCCCCCAGCAUCCCCCGGGGACCCCCCAAAAUCACCUCAGGAGCCCCCCAAACCUUCCUGGGACCCCCCAAAUCCCCCUGGGGACCCCCCGGGACCCCCCAAACCUUCCUGGGACCCCCCAAACCCCCUGGGGACCCCCCGGGAACCCCCCCAGGACCCCCCAAAUCUCUCUGGGGACCCUCAAAUUCCUUUGGGGACCCCCCCAAACCCCCCCUGGGGGACCCACAAAUCCCCCCAGGACCCCCCCAAAAACCUCGGGACCCCCCAAACCCCUCUGGGGACCCCCCAAACCCCAGUCCCGGGGGUCCCCGCAGCGAGUGAAUGUCGGAUCAAUGCAAUCCCGGGGGGCUCCGGGACCCCCCAAACCCCCCUGGGGACCCCCGGCGCAGCCCCCGCGGCGCUCUCGGCACUUUACAGACUGACCCCGCCCCUGCUGCCGCCACCCUGGCCCUGCCAGGACCUGGCUGUGACCUGCCAGGACCUGGGGGUGCUGCCCCUGACCCUGCCAGGACCUGGCAGUGCUCUCCAUGGCCCUGCCAGGACCUGGCUGUGCCCUGCCAGGACCUGGGGGUGCUGCCCCUGACCCUGCCAGGACCUGGCUGUGCUCUCUAUGGCCCUGCCAGGACCUGGGGGUGCUGCCCCUGACCCUGCCAGGACCUGGGAGUGCUCUCUAUGGCCCUGCCAGGACCUGGGGGUGCUGUCCACAACCCUGCCAGGACCUGCCCAUGGCCCUGCCAGGACCUGGGGCUGCUCCAUGGCCCUGCCAGGACCUGGGGGUGCUGCCCAUGGCCCUGCCAGGACCUGGGGGUGCUCUCUGAACCUGCCAGGACCUGGGGGUGGUGACCACGGCCCUGCCAGGACCUGGGGCUGCUCUCUAUGGCCCUGCCAGGACCUGGCUGUGCCCACAACCCUGCCAGGACCUGGGGCUGCUCUCCAUGACCCUGCCAGGACCUGGCUGUGUCCCUGCCCCUGCCAGGACCUUCUGGAACCUUCCCAGGCCCUGCCAGCACCUGCCCCUCCCCCAUCGCCCCUCCCCCAAUGAUUAAAAAUCUCGUUUUUCUCUUU